AUGAACUUGUGGGAAGAUCAGGUGCGUGUGGGGCUUGAGCAGGAAGACAUCAAAGAAGCUUCAAAAAAGCUUUUGGCCGAGUUUUUUGAGAAUGAAGAGGUUAUAAGCUCGUUAAAGCAUCGCCUUCUACAUGGUGAAUUGCCAGCCACUUUAGCCAAACUUGACGAAGUCCUGGAUGGUAUAGCGAAGCGAGAGGAAGCCCAGCGCAAACUAGCUCUCUCACUCGGCAAGGAUUACAACGAGCUUUCCCCAUGGGCUCUUGAUCCUCUUGUUAGAAAGGGGAUCAAGUCAGUCUUGUUCCUUGAUCGAGUAGAAGAAGAAAUUGCCCUGCUCACUCAAGAACUCGACCGAAUGAUUAGCUGGGCUACCGAUUAUUGGAACUUGGUAAUGUCGACUCUUGCCUCGAUUGAAUCCGAGUACGAAGAACCACUUGAUUUGAACAAUCGCUUUGCCGCAAUACUGCCGACUUUUCCAAUGAAGGCAAAAUUGCGCAUGCUUCAUUCAGAACUCAAGUCGCAUUUGCACAAACACAAGAAGCUAAUGGUCUCCUGGAUGCCGGACGUUGAAACACUCUGGAUUAAGACUCGCACCCGGCACACAAAGGCCAAUCACACUUGGUUUGAGUCGAUUGGUUCCAUUAAGGAUCAACUUACAAGAGAAAAUCUUGGGGGCAUUAACGAUGCCUUGGAAAACUUGACUUUUCAGGAGAACGAAGUCGACCCAGAGGGAGCUGAGGAUCGAGAAAAUGAAAUCGAAGAGGGUGAAGAAAAUGAAAUCAAAGAACGUCGCGAAGAUGUUGACAAUGGGGAAAAUGGGUCAGGUCAAGAAAAUGUCGAGAACGCGGACAAUGGGCCAGAUGAAGCUGCAUAG